AUGAUUGACAACAAUCAGGCAAAGACAGCAGGAACUGACAAUGCACUCGACACGUGUAGCCGUAGAGUGGCUGCGUUUAACGACUUAACCAGGCUCACGUUCGGCGUAAGCUACAUUCUGAGCCAACAGGUGUCCACGCUGCUGGAUGAUACUAAACAUUUGCUGGAUCAAAUCAUGGGCAACAACUUGGAAAUACCCUGUCAGGCGAAGCCACCACGUCAAACGCAGACACACGGCUGUCGUAAACGAAAGCGAAUCAUCUCCACAAAGACGACUACGAUGUGUUUAGCCAAGCGCGCUAGAAUUAGGGAUCCUCAGCUGUUGGACGAGCAAAAUAUUGACUACUAUAGGCACAUGUUAUCGGAAUCGCAGCUGUGGAAUACAGAAACCGAAAAUCUAGAGAUUGAGCAGAUUCAGACCAUUGAAGUGGCACGCACGUGCUCAGCACAGCAUAUGAUUAGCUUCACACAUGAACUGACUAUGACGGAGCUCGGCGAGGAUAUACUGUGGAACGAUGGCUUCGGUGAAUCAAAUCCAGUGGAUGUCACUGCUCUUGAAGAGUUUCUUCCAUUUAGAAAUUCCUUAAAGCGCAAAUCGACUGAUUCAAUGCCAACUGGUGUUUUGUGCUACAAAAUGCCCAGAUUAGCAACAAGCUUGGAUCUGCCAAAUACUAACGGUAAUACGCAAGCACUCGAUCUAUAUCAAGAGAUUGAGCCACUUGCCCCAUUGCCGCCGCUUCCACCCCCAAUUGUCGCUCCGACGCCAAAGCCAAAAUUAAAGCGCAAGUUCAAAAUGAUAGAUAAAUGCAUUAGGCUAUCGCGCGAGGUGCUCUUACGCGAUAGGGAACUUCUAUUUAACAAACUGGAAAGUGCAAAACAUGUUAAACCUCAGAUUAUGAAGCAUAGUAAUAAAAGUGAAACAUUUCUGAACAGCUUUAGGCAAGAUCAUCUUUUUCCAGAACGUUUAAAAAGAGAUUUACAACUGAGCUGCGAACAAAUUGAGUUGGACUGUGAAUAUACAAUACGCGCUAUAUUCGGUGAGGAUUAUAGUGAUGAUCUGGUCGGUGAGAUCUUGUCGGCAAUUCCAGUAAGGCCUCAACCGACAAACCCCUUAGAAGAGGCUCCUAUGCCCAUGCUAGAGCCAGCUGAAAACCAUUCACCUCAUGUACUUGAGCUGCAACAAUGCAGCAAUAGCAAUAAUAACAACACGUACGAGCACAUAAAAAGUUAUGACGAAAAGAAUUUUGAUUCAUUGAGCAUCAUGAUGGAUUUGCUCAACAUAUGGCGCAAUGAUCCCGAUAGAAAGACUAUUGAUGCCAACAAGUUUGUAAAGUCCUUUCCGGAUCGCAUUAAGGCGGCUUUGGCUUUUAGCCAUUUGUUAACUCUUUCACGUGACGGAUUUAUAAAGCUCUCCGCAAAGCCGGAAUCUGUUGAAAUUGAUGCCAUUACGUUGGGCGAAGAAUCUAUCAGACUUAUCGAACAUGUUUCGAGCUUUGAACAGCUUAAUUAAUUAAAACUCAAUUCUUUGGGCGAA